CCGGAUCCCUAGGCAAGCUUCGAUGCAACCGAGGAUUAUCUCCAUCAUUAGGAGGGGCGCCGGGUAACUAAGUUAGCGCCACUGACCUGCACAAUGUCGUUCUUGACAUUCCUCUUCGCCUCUCGAUUAUUGAUGCCGUCCCCUCUUUCCUGUUCUUCUCACGAUGCGGGCGUUUACGCGUGCUAUUCAGCGGCAGAGGUUCAAUGCUCGCAACUCGCCCUUCCACCAGUCAAGACAGGGUCGUGGCUUUGCAACCGUGAACGCUCACGACGUCAAGGGCUUGACUGUCAUUGACCACCACUAUGACGCUCUCGUCGUAGGAGCAGGAGGCGCUGGCCUUCGCGCCGCCGUAGGCCUUACGGAAGCUGGACUGAAGACAGCAUGUGUGUCGAAGCUCUUCCCAACACGAUCCCACACCGUCGCCGCACAGGGAGGCAUCAAUGCUGCGCUCGGCAACAUGACAGAGGACGAUUGGCGUUGGCACAUGUACGACACAGUCAAGGGCUCAGACUGGCUCGGUGACCAGGACGCAAUACACUAUAUGACCAAGGAAGCUAUUCCUGCGGUCGUCGAGCUCGAGAACUACGGCAUGCCGUUUUCGCGAACGAAUGAAGGAACAAUAUAUCAGAGAGCACUGGGUGGUCAGAGCUUGAAAUAUGGGAAGGGGGGGCAGGCGUACAGGACGGCGUGUGCUAGUGAUCGCACAGGGCACGCUAUGUUACACACGCUGUACGGACAGAGCUUAAAGGCUGGAGUGCAGUUCUUCAUCGAGUGGUUUGCGCUGGAUCUCAUGAUGAGUGAGGGAAAGUGCGUUGGUAUCACGGCUUUGAAUAUGGAGGAUGGCACCUGUCACCGUAUGUUUGCGAAGAACACUGUUCUGGCUACAGGAGGUUACGGCCGAGCAUAUUUUAGCGCAACAAGCGCCCAUACAAGCACAGGCGACGGGAGCGCUAUGGCAGCAAGAGCCGGACUUCCCCUCCAAGACAUGGAAUUCGUACAGUUCCACCCAUCUGGCAUAUACGGCGCUGGUGUUCUCAUUACAGAAGGUGCACGUGGCGAAGGCGGAUAUCUUCUCAACUCAGAAGGCGAGCGAUUUAUGGAGCGCUAUGCACCGACAGCCAAGGAUCUUGCAUCAAGGGAUGUCGUCUCACGGUCUAUGAAUCUCGAAAUCAUCGAGGGUCGAGGCUGUGGUGAGGGCAAGGACCACAUUAGUUUACAGCUAUCGCACUUGCCGAAGGAGAUCAUUCACGAGCGGUUACCAGGUAUUGCCGAAACAGCGGCGAUUUUCGCGGGCAUCGAUAUCACGAAGGAGCCGAUUCCAGUGCUACCAACUGUACAUUACUGCAUGGGCGGUAUUCCAACUAACUACCAUGGUCAAGUCCUGGAUGUUAAGGACGGGAAAGACCACGUCGUUGAUGGGUUGUACGCUGCUGGCGAGGCGGCAUGCGUCAGCGUACACGGCGCAAACCGACUCGGCGCCAACUCGCUGCUCGACAUCGUAGUCUUCGGCCGAGCAACAGCACUCCACAUCGCCGACAACCACACUCCCGGCGCGUCCCACAGUCCUUCAGAAAAAGACAUCGGCCUCGACUCGAUCAGCGAAAUUACCACCUUCCUCGAUUGCGCCGGCUCAACACCCACCUCCUCCCUGCGCUCAGACAUGCAAACCACCAUGCAAAAAACCACCGCCGUAUUCCGCACCCAAGAAUCCCUCGCUGAAGGCAACUCUGCCCUCGGAGGCAUCGAGUCAACCUUCAAGCGCGACCUGCGCAUUACCGACAAGAGCCUGAUAUGGAAUAGUGAUCUUGUUGAGACGCUUGAGUUAAGAAAUUUGUUGACGAACGCGAGCCAGACUAGCAAGGCGGCGUUGACGAGGACGGAAAGUAGGGGUGCGCAUGCGAGAGAUGAUUUCAAGGAGAGGGAUGAUAAGGAGUGGAUGGUGCACAGUCUGACGUGGCAGAAAGAUAUUGGUAAUGAUGUCAAGUAUGGGACGAGGAAGGUGACGAUGGGGACGUUGGAUGAAAAUGAGUGUAAGAGUGUGCCGCCCAUGAAGAGGAGUUACUAGAGAGCUGUGACCGGGGUAAGACGGGCUGAAGCCGAUCUGGAAGAAUAGAACAACGUCUUACUCUCCGACAUUACAGAGAACCGACCUUUCCAUAACCAUCACCGCUACCGUCAAAAUCUAGCCCCG